ACAGUCGAUUCCAUUCACACUCACAACGGCACGGCACCCCAUUCACGACUCAAUAAACCAUUUCUUCCUUUUCCCAUUCCAACUCGAUAAUCAAACACCCAACAAACCCAGAACUCCAAUUCAGCUCAAAGCUCAAAAGGCCGAGUCUUUGAUGGGUUCAAGAUCGUCAGAGUGAAAGAGAGUCAUUCAUUUCGCCGCCGAAGAUGAGCGUGAGCCGUCCGUCGGUCCACCCGGUGGAGGCUCCACCGAUGACUGACGUGGCGGCCCUCAGAGUCAGGAUGAAGGACGUUCAGGGCAUGCCCGGCACCGCCGGCAGCCUCGCUCUCCGUCUUUGCCAGCUCGCCUUCGCCGGAGUCUCCCUCGCCGUCAUGGCCUCCACCAACGAUUUCCCGUCUGUUACUGCGUUUUGCUACCUUGUUGCUGCUGUGAGCUUGCAAUGUGUGUGGAGUUUGUCACUGGCGAUUGUUGAUGUGUAUGCGAUUUUGGUGCGGCGGAGUUUGCGAAACUGCAAGGUUGUCUGUUUCUUCACCAUUGGAGAUGGGAUCACUUCCACUCUUACAUUUGCUGCUGCAUGCGCUUCUGCUGGAAUUACUGUCCUCAUUGCCAAUGAUCUUAACAAAUGUGCUGUGAACCAUUGCAAAAGGUUUGAAUCUGCGACCGCUAUGGCUUUUAUCAGUUGGUUUGUUGUGUCACCAUCCUUUCUUUUUAACUUUUGGUCGCUGGCUUCACGGUGAAACUUGUCACAAGAGAAUUCAUCAGAGAGCUGAAUCUCCUUAUGUUCUCAAAUAGAAUCCUUAAAAAAUGGCUGUGCUUCUACAAGGAUUUUUGCUCUUUUUCUGUACAUAGAAAUAUUUUUCCAGGGUUUAUUGAGAUACAACUACAUUGCAGAAGAUUACUUGACAACAAUUAAGGAGAUAUGUAUAUUUCCACAGUCUGUCUUCAUUGCAACAGCACUACUGGUGUUAAGAGGUCAUGAGAAAACUUACAGGUUCCUCUAUGAGGAACAAAUGCUUUUUGCGUGAACUGUUAAAGCAGCUUAAGAAAUUCAUGCAGUCUAAGCUUACACACAUG